CCGGGGCUGAAAGUUUUGGGAUUUACUCACCAUGUGUGUUUUGUGUUUGGAUGUCAAUUUGACGAUUUAAUAGUUUAUCACGUCUCUACGAAAUAAAACAAUCCUCGCCAACAGCAAUGGGGAAAAAAGCCAAGAAUGAAAAGAAGCCGAAGGGGGCGGAGAAGACAGCUGCCAAAAUGGAGAAAAAGGUUUCAAAAAGGUCCAAACGUGAAGAGGAAGAUCUGGAGGCUCUGAUUGCUGAAUUUCAGAGUUUAGAUGCAAAAAAGACCCAUGUUGUGGAGACAGCAUGCCCCCCUCCAGCUCCAAGGUUAAAUGCAUCCCUCUCUGCUCAUCCAGAUAAAGAUGAACUCAUCCUCUUUGGAGGCGAAAUCUUCAAUGGAAAGAAGACAUAUCUGUACAAUGAUCUGUUUUUCUACAAUAUUAAAAAGAACAGCUGGGUCAAGUCAGAGAUUCCCAACCCUCCUCCCCCACGCUGCUCUCAUCAGGCGGUGACAGUCUCUCAAGGCGGGGGUCAACUCUGGGUAUUUGGGGGAGAGUUUGCAUCUCCAAAUGGGGAACAGUUUUACCACUACAAGGACCUUUGGGUGUUGCACCUGGCUACACACACCUGGGAGAACAUCAAAGCCCCUGGUGGUCCAUCGGGUCGCAGUGGGCACAGGAUGGCCCUCAGCAAGAGACAGCUACUGGUGUUUGGAGGUUUCCAUGAGAGCACGAGGGAUUUUAUCUACUACAAUGACAUCUACUCGUUCUCGCUGGACACCUUCUCUUGGUCACGCCUCUCUGCAUUAGGCACCGCCCCUUCACCACGCUCCGCCUGUCAGAUGACCUCCAUGCCUGAUGGCUCGGGUGUCAUCAUCUAUGGAGGAUACUCCAAAGUGAGACUGAAAAAGGACAUAGAGAAGGGAACCAUCCAUUCCGACAUGUUUCUCCUCAAGCAAGAGGGUAAAGAUGGCCAAGAAAAGUGGGCGUGGUCCCGGCUGAAUCCCUCGGGUAACAAGCCACCUCCCCGCUCUGGCUUCUCCAUGGCGGUGGGCCCAGCGGGGCGGUCCGUCCUGUUUGGUGGAGUUUGUGACGAUGAAGAGGAGGAGACGCUGGAGGGUGACUUUUACAACGACAUCUACUUGUAUGACAUGGUGAAGAACCGCUGGUACCCUGGUCAUUGCAGGGGUAACAAACCAGACAAGAAGAAACGUCGGCGAGGGAAGAAGGACGAAGCUGAUGGGGAGGCAGCAGAUAAGGUGACAGAAGAGGAGGGUCCUCAAGGACCCACUGAGGUCAUCAAGGAGAUAGUCACAGAAGACGGCACAGUGAUGACCAUAAAGGAAGUAAUUCCUGGAGCUCAGGAGGUGGGGGAAGAUGAAGACGAGGAAGAGGAGGAUGUGUCAGCAUCUGCCCUCGUGGAGCCCUGCCCACGGUCCAGCGCCAUGGCAGCAAUGCGUCAGGGCAAACUCUACCUAUACGGCGGGAUGUUUGAGGUGGGCAACCGCCAGUUCACACUGAACGACCUCUACUGUCUGGACCUUCACAAGAUGGACCAGUGGGAAGUCUUGAUUGAGAUGGACCCAAAGACCCAAGAAUGGCUGGAAGAGUCUGAGUCAGAGGACGAUGAUGAUGAUGAGGAAGAGGAGAUGGAAGGAGGAGCAGAAGGAGGGGAAGAGGAGUCUGAUGAGGAAGAUGGCAACAAUCACCCAGCAGUGAAGGAUGAGGAGACGUUGUCAGAGUACCAGGCCCGCACAGAGCAAUACUGGAUAGGGCUCGCACGCACCAACAUGGGCCCGGAUACCAAGGAUAAAAAGGUCGCCAAGGUUGCUUUAGCGAUGGCUAAAGUCUUCUAUGAAGAUGGCUUGGAGGAUGCUUGAGUGUGCUUUGUAAAAUAUUUAUGUUUUAUACAGAAUAAUGUAACUGUUAUUGUACAGUUGUGGAUAUCAAAAACAAUCAUUUUGACCACAAGUUUUUUGUUUUUUUUCCUUGUGUGUCCAUUCUUCCUGUUGAAGGGACCAGAUGUCUGCUGCCUGAGCUCCGCAUUGCUGUCGGAGUUUUGAAUCAUUGUUUGUGCUUUACCUGAUUGCAGAUCUCGAUCGCAAUCACAGGAUUGCUUGCUGAUACCCUCAGCUUGAAUACCGUCUGGCGUGAGGUACUGUAUUGUUGGAAAAACGAUUUACGAUUGCUGCUAGUAAGCCAAGAUAACAGCUAAACUUCAAAGCAAUUCCCUAAAAACAAAAUGCCUCCCAAGAUACUGUGUGUGUGUGUGUGUGUGUGUGUGUGUGUGUGUGUGUGUGUGUGUGUGUGUGUGUGUGUGUGUGUCUAUAUAUACUUGUAUAUGUAUACAUAAAUAUAUGUAUAUAUAUAUAUGUCAGAACCUGGACAUUGUUGCUGCCGUCACUGUCCCUUGUCAUUUCUUUUUUGCUCUUUCUUUCCCUUCUAUCCAGCCACAGGUUCACAAACCAAGUCCCAACAAGUACUGUACCGAUGUUGCUGGUUUUGCUUUUUGCAGUCGUCUCUUCCUGUCUGUGCCAAAGUUCCCCAACCACGUACUAGCAGCUCUCCCUCAGUCAUUCCCCCCUUCCUUUCCUCUCACUUCCUCUCUAUUCUCUGUCCCCUCUGCAACUAUAUAUGGAGACAUCCACCUGUAGUAAGUCUGUAAAUUUGGACCGGCAUACGGAUCAGUCAUAGCGCCUGACUGAGCUGUCGAUGAAGACUCUUGUGUAAAAUAAAUAACCUGGAGCUUAAACACGCCUUAUUCAUCCGUGGUCAAUGAAGAGUUGUGGUUUGAAAAGGAUGUAACGCAGGGAUACCUUUUAGAUUGAGGGCCACAUACUGAAAAAAUCAAAGACAAGCCACUUUGAUACUUUUAAUUUAGUAAAAAAAAAAAAAAGCUGAAAAAUAAAUGUUAUAUGCACUCAUGGAAAAAAUUAUGAGACCACCCUUGUUGUUUUCAGUUUCUUGUUCAUUUUAAUGCCUGAUACAACUUAACAAUGGCAACAAAAAUAGCUCAUAAGAGUAACCAUGGAAUUUGCUAGAUAUCAGCUCUUAAAUUCAACUCUUAUGGGCUAUAUUUGUUAUCAUCAUUAUAUUUGUCCAAACAAAUGUACCUUUAGUUGCACCAGGCAUUAAAAUGGAUCAAUAAACUGAAGAAACAAGGGUGGUCUAAUCAUUUUUUCCAUGACUAUAUUUAAAAACUCUGUUAUAGGUGGCAAACUGUAUUAUUGUUGUAUCAACAUUUCAACUUUUUUUAUCCUUACAUUACACUUUUUUACUUUUCCCCGUUUUUGCUGCUUUUUUUUAACUUUUUUUUUUAUUUGGUGUGGGCCAAUAAAAAAUGAGGAAAUAGAAAUAGACCCUGGGUCCACGUGUACAGUGGUUAUUAAGCACGACAUGCUUUUAUUUUGUAUUUACUUAUUUUUACUAAAAUAUGCAUUCUUUUUGUAUGGCCCUAAAACACAAAAAUGUAAAAGCAAACCAAAAUAUUUUUGGCACAAAAAAUAUAGAAAAUCGAGACAGUACUAAACAUGUCUAACAGGUAUUUGUCUCCAUCUGGUGGUGGUCGUACGUCAGUGCAGUCAAUACCAGUUAGGCAUCAUAUUGAAGUCAAACAUUGUGUUCGGGAGAACGAUAUUAGUUACUGCAGUUUUUACACUUUUGAAUAAAGUCUCACCUGGAAAUGGUGGUCAAGUCACCAUGUAAGGAUUCCUCACCACGUAAGUAAGCACAUACGGUCACAGUGAGAUGAAUCAGGAAAAAGUGGGAGAGCUCAGACAGCAGGGAAAGAGAGGGCUCUGGUGGAAGGAAGGAUGCAGGGAAGGUGUUGAGGAUGAGUGCAUGACGUGUCAGUAAAGACAUCAGUCACUGUUUGAGCACCAGUCUAUCCUGCACUGACCCAUUUUAUCUGAGAAGAGGCUGUUGAAUAAUAGAAGAGUAGAAAAGAUGGAUGAGAGUAAGGCUGUCUUCCUCUUGUUCUCGCCUUCUUCCCCCGCAGUCCCUGUUCUUGACUCUCUUGCCUUCUCCCCUUUUUAAUUUUAACUCUGGGACAAAAAAGGAUGUAUAAAUAACUCAGAUUUUUUUAGGUGCAUUGCUGACGUGGGGGAAGCGUAGUAUGUAUUGGAGGUGUGCAAGCUGUGUGUGUGUGUGUGUGUUUGCAGAAGAGGGGUGUCCAAACCUUUCCAGCAAUGGCCGCAUACAGAAAAUUGAAGUAUGUGUUACAUUUUACAUUAAAGAUGCCAAAACCAAUCCACUCUAGGUCAGUACUGUAUAUGCUAAACCAUGUGAACACAACAUUCACAUCUUAGCUUUUGGUGACAAAGCAAAUUAGUGUAAUAUUUAAUAAUAUAUCUCAUUAUUAAUGAAUUUGUUUUAUUUUUAGAGUACAGUCAUCCCUCGACACUUCGAGAUUCAAACAUCGCACCCUCACUCUUGUGUUUUUCCGCAAAUAAAUGAUUACUAUUGUGGCCGUAAUCCAGCUAAAACUUAACUCUGAAGCCUCGAUGUCACUUCCUGUCGACACAUCCGGAAGACAUUUAUUGCAAAACAAGCGUCUUAUUUAUGUCUUAAAUGGUGUAUUUACUGUUAUUAUAGCUAUAUUAUACACUAUAUUGAGUAAUACUAGCGUAAAGGUGACUAUAUGGAUGUUAUUUCAUGUCUGGAGGGCUCUAAUAAUGUUCAAAACCAUAUGGACAAGGUCAUAAACAGUUUUUCUGUGCUCCGAAAAUAUCACAUUAAUAAAUAAGGAAUCCUACUUUGCGGAAAUUCACUUAUCACGGUCGGAUCUGGAACCAAUUAACAAUGAUAAACGAGGGAUUACAGUAUACCAAAAAUGAGGUACAGCCAGAAAUGGCCCCUGGGCUACACUCUGGACACCACUGUCGUAAAAGAUCAUUUUGUACUUUGUUUUAUUUCGAAAUCCAUUACAAAGACAAAGAUUAGCUUGGCUGCUUGUUUUAGUUGCCAGGACAUUUUGUAUCUUUGUUCACACACACAUACACAUUAGUACUGUAUACACACGUAUACACCACCCAAGUAAGGACUUUGUCGUUAAUCUCUGGCAGUCACGCCUACAAUCAGAACCUAGCGGAUGAGUGAAAACCAAUGCAAUGACUUUUAACCUGUUAGUAUUUGUACAGGGUAGUCUUUGAAAUAUUGUGAAUAACGCUGACACACUAACAUGCAUGCAAAAUGAUACCAUUAUUUACAACCCGCAGGGCAUGCUGGGUAACCUUGCGGUCGCUGCUGUCUUUUCAAUGUAAGACAUGUGAAAAGUUACUUGAGCUGAAAGAUUUUCAAUUUGGGUCACCUCUUGUCAUGAAGGGGUAUUGGUAGGUCUUGCAGCCAAACCAGCUGAGCACCAAUGUCUUAGGCCACCACUCGCCUUGUCAUGAGGGCUUUUCAGUGUCCGUCAUGGUAGGAUUCGAUAAAAAAAUGCUAACCAGAUUUCCACAAAGCUUUGUAGAGUUGUCCAUGCACGACCAAGGUAAAAAAAAAAAAAGAAAAGAAGAAUUUUGAUGAAGCUCUGGAUGAACGUGCAGACACCACUGGAAUCACGAUGGCGUUCAAUUUGGGUUGGCAGCGGCAGCUCAGUCCUGGCGGACUUUGUUUUGCGGCCAGAGGAUCACUAGUUUGAGAGCCACUACUGAAAAUGCUAAUAAUAACCUAAUUCCUGGCAACCAGUCCAGGGUGUACGCCGCCUCUCGCCCAAAGUCAGCUGGGAUAGGCUCCCCGUAUACCCCCGCAACCCUAGUGAGGAUAAGUGGCAUAGAAAGUGGAUGGAUAACCUAAUUCUUCUGAUAUCGCUACUAAUGCUACUACUGAUAGUAAUAGUUGGUUUUAUUAUUAUCAACAAGCCUCCCACUUUAUGUUAGACAGGAUAGGCUCUAGCUCCUUGUCAACCUGAACAGGAUGGAUGGUUUAUAGAAGUAGUAGAAGUAGUUUUAGUUUAGAUCAGGGGUGUCCAAAGUGCGGCCCGGGGGUGCAUUUGCGGCCCGCGGCUGUGAGUUUAUCGGCCCGCAGCACAGUCUAAAAAUGUAAUUUAACAAGGAUAUUUAAAAAUAAACAGCAGCAAAAAUGGGAAAAUCAAUCAAAAGUCAAAAUAUUAAGAGAAGGCUUGUAAUCUAGCAAGGACAAAAAAAAGCCGUAAUUUCACAACAGUUGAAAUAUUAAACAUUUUUUUUUAAAGUGAAAAACAAUGAAUAAAGUUGUAACUUUUGGAAACUGAGGUUGGGGGAAAAUUUAUAACAUGAAAGUAAAGUGAAAAUAUUAGGAGAAGAAAAUAUACAAGAAGAAAGUUGAAAUAUUUGGAAAAUUAUACAAAAAAAACCAACAACAGCAGAAAUGGAAAACAACAGAAAUUUUACAAGAGUGAAGUCAAAAUAUUAAGAGGGAAAAAAGUUGCAAUUUCAUGAGAAUAAACUUGUAAAAUGAGGAAAAAUAUUUUAGUAACAAUGUUGGAAAAAAAGAAAAAAUACAUUUAUAUUUUUUUUUAAAAAGAUCAAAAAUAUGAUGGAAAUAAAGUUCUAAUUAUGAGAAGAAAAUUUACAAAAGGAAAGCUGAAAUUAAAUAGCUGGAAAACUAAAAGAAAUGGAAAAAACAACGGUCAUUUUACAGGAAUAAAGUCAAAAUAUUAAGAAAAAAGUCAUAUUUUUAUGGAAAAAAUGUCAUUUUUAGUAGCAUUUUGCCUAUAUUACAAAGGUGAAAUGCAGUUUUUUCUUGAGCUACAUGUAGCUUCUGAGCAUAUCUACUGUAUGUGUUGGCUUACAACAUUUCAAAGUGGCCCUUGCAUCCUUUCAUUUUUCACUAUGUGGCCCUCACUGGAAAAAGUUUGGACACCCCUGGUUUAGAUGUUUAAGAAUUCAUUUCAUUCAAGUUUAGGAAACAUGGGAUGAAAAAUGGAUUCACUCCCUGACUGCCAAGGCAUCAGCGCACAGACUGGAAGUCUCUGCAGCUUGUUUUUUUUUAUUGGCCCAUGGAGUAUUCUAAAAAUACGAUUUAAGAAGAAACACACACACACACACGAGUAUAUAUUCAUUUAAUUAAUAAAAAAAAAAAAAGAAAGUGUCUUUCGAAUUGACACGGUGAACAUUGCCAGUGGUGAUGUCAUGAACUUCCGGCUGUAAUUGACUUAAUCAAGGUGAUGUCACGGGUUUAUCUAGGCAGUCACAUACAUUGCUAAAGUUCCUCAGCCUGAUCUCAUUAUAAGCCCGCACGCACGCACGCACGCACACACACGCAGACACGCAUUCUCUCCUCCCACACAUUUCUCCUAUUUCCACCAGUGUGUUUAGAGGCUUUAACCUUAAUCCCUAACCUCACUGUGAUUUUAUUACCGUAAUCUGGCCGCAAUGGGUUUAGCACUCCAAGACGCUGUAGACAGAAGGACAAGGACAACAGCGGAAUGACCGGUGUGGGAGGAAGGGCUGUUGAAGGGUUGAUAAUCCUCACUGGAGGGGAUUUUAGUAUCAUUUGUAUUGCUGCCUUCUUCCUCUUUCAGUGUUGAUUCAGCAUGGAGAAGAGCGUCUGUUCAUUCACUCAAAUACUGUAACAGUAUCAACACAACUAUGAGCACUUCAACAAUUCAUCUUUGAUCCAUCAAACCUCGCAUGAUCCUGCUUCACUCUUCUCACAAAGUAAACGGUUCUGCACAGGUUUGCAGUUAUGUAACAUUAAAGUUGUACUGUCACUUGAUAAGAAGCGGCCUUAAGGUUCAACGUGAGUGACACUGGUUGGGGUAAUGGAAUUGAAUGACAAUGCUACAAUCUCAUCUCAAAAUCCCUCGUGUUUCUGCUUUACGUCAGAAUAAGACGCGUUUCUAUUCGUCAUCUUCAUCUUUUGUUUUCAGUUUAUUGUUGUGUACUUUUUUUUUCCUCGUUGUUGACUGGAAAGGACGUACAUGGCAAAGAGCUCCGCCGACGAUACUAGAAUUUUGAACUAUUUUGGUGCUUUCCCGACUACACUUUACAAGUGCAAGAUCAGAAUUGCUUGCCGACACCCUCAACUUUAACUCGGAUAGGCAAGAGGUACAGAUUCCUUGAAAUAAACUAGCUGCAAGUGCACACAUCCACAACACUCAUUAUUCACACUCCUACCGUCAGGCAGACGCUACAGGAGUUUGAAGUCCAGGACCACAAGACUGGCAAACAGCUUUUACCCACAGGCCAUCAGGCUUCUCAACGAAGCACUCACACACUCAUAGCACUUUAUUUAUUUAUUUAUUUUAUCUGUAUUAAUGUCUCUUCUGUUGUUGUUGCUUAAUUUAUUAGUACAUAUGUUUCUUAUGUUCUUAUUCUUUCUUGUGUUUUCUUUCUUUUCUUGGAAGAAUUUCAUUGCAUGGUAUAACUGCCUGUUUUACUGUGCAUAUGACAAUAAAACUCUUGAAUCUUGAAUCUUGACAGCUGCUAGCAAGCCACGCUAACUGCCCAAGUUCAAAGCGGUAGCCCAGCAACACCCAGUCAUUGGAAAUGUCCAGUGCCUGUCCCAAGCCUGGACAAAUGGGAAGGUUGUCUUAGGAAGGGCAUCCGGCAUAAAAAACUAACAAAAAGUACAGAAAGUGCAAGGAAGCAAAAGCAAGCAAACGUGGAGCGACACAUGCAAGUGAAACUGAAGCAGGGCCCCAGGCUGCGACCAAAAGGUCGCAUUUUGCGACUACAAUCUGAGACAUUGCGAGUGAAUUUUUCAUCUACUCGCGCAUGUGCGAUCAGAUAAAAGUACCCGACCCGUAUUGGGACAAAGGACGUCCCUUAUUAGCGUGAGAAUUAAAUAUAGUCUGUGAAAUUCUAGUCAAUUGACAACAGCUCGUCACAGUCUGAGCCCAUUGAUGCCAGCGUGUGUGAUCGCUGACGUUUGAAUCGCAUUGUGGUUCAACUUUUGUACCAUCUUUGUUUACAUGUUUUGUCUCUCUGGCGGCAGCUAGCUUGCUAGCUAGCUAUAGUUAUCCGCCUUGUCUGCGGUCCAUCAACUCCAAAUGUGUCUCUUUUUUUUUUUU